AUGACGAUGAUGUCAGAUCUUCCAAGGGAAUUGGAAGAGGAGAUUCUCUCGAGAGUUCCUCUGAAGUCAAUGAGAUCAGUGAGAUCAACUUGCAAAAGAUGGGACACUUUAUCCAAAAACCACACAAAGGAAGGGGAGUCUUACGUGAUUGUCAAGGUAAAUUACGAUGUUUAUCUAAUGAGUGUUGUCAUCAACGACGUUUUUCCAACUAUAGAGCCUAAAGGCAAACUUACUUGCCUUGACGAACAAGUCAAAGUCAAGAUAUUUCAAGUCCUUCACUGCGAGGGUUUAUUGUUAUGCGUCUUGAGAAGCGAUUCUAGGCUUGUGGUUUGGAAUCCGUAUUUAGGGCAAACAAGGUUUAUAACACCCAGAUAUUAUUCUGACCUCGCACGAGGCCUACAGGAGAGGUAUACGUACGCUCUUGGAUACGUGAAUAAGAAUAACAAAUCUUGUCGUAGCCACAAACUCUUGAGGUUUAUAGACCUCGGCAGUGCAGCCAACCGCUUUGCGUGGUAUGAAAUGUACGAUUUUGACUCUGAUUUAUGGAUGACUCUUGAUGUCACUCCACACUGGCGUAUAUCACAUUUAAACUCCUUUGGGGUUUCUCUCAAGGGAACCACUUACUGGCGUGUUAGAGAACAGAACUCAUAUCACUUGGUUUGUUUUGAUUUUACACGCGAGAGAUUUGGGCCGCUUCUGCAUAUACCGCCGUUUAACGCUUCGGAUGUAGACACGGUGAACAUAUCUUGUGUUAGAGAAGAGAAGCUUGGGGUUUUACUUGAGCAUGAGGGAUCAAAUGAGAUUGAGAUAUGGAUUACGACUAAGAUUGAGGCCGGUAAGUUGUCGUGGAGAAAGUUCUUGACUGUGGAUAAGCGGUCAGUCGUUGACUAUACGAUUUCAUUUUAUAAAAGGAGCUUCUUAAUCGACGAGGAGAAGAAACUCGCUGUGGUUUUCGAUGACAAUGGCUUUGGCCGUAAGAGAAUUAUUAUCUUUGGAGAGGCUGGAGACGUAAGGGAAGUGGAUCUCGAAGUCGGCACAGGGUGUUGGUCACAAAUAUGCUAUUAUGUUCCAAGUUUAGUGCAAUGCAUCAAGAAACCUCCAGGAGGCAAAAGGAAAAGACAAAGCGAUUUAGAAACGCGUCGAUAUGAUGAGAAAAUGUCGAAACUUGUCGCACUUGAAAAAGCGAAUCAAGAAGCAAGAAGGGAUGAAGAUAAUUAUUAUUAUGUCUAG